AUGUUUUACUCGAGAACAAUUCCAAUAAGUAUUGUACCAUCGCUUAAUUUUCCUACUGGAGAAAUACCCUUGCAAAAUCUGAACAAAGAACAAGCUUCUUUUUUGUGGUAUCAAUUAUUAAUUAAAGUAUUAAAACGUAUCCCAUCAACAUCUGUUUCACACAAUGAUUUAUUGACAAAGUGUCGACUGGAACACUCAAACAACAACAUAAAAUUAGGCGAAAUUCAAGAAUUUGAGGAUACUUACAAUUCAGACAAUGUAAUUGCAUGGUAUACACGAGAUGCAUUUCUUUAUCGUUUAAUAAAUAAAGCAUUAAAAGAAAAGGAUAUUAUUGUUAUGUAUAAAUUUCGUUUUGUGCUAAUUGAUCUUCAUGAUCGCCUCGUUCAAUUACAUGGUGCUUAUAUUAAUUCACUUAAAUCACAUGAAUCAACGAUAUCUGAACUAGUUGUGUUUCAUGGACAAGGAUUAACCCUUACCGAACUACAAAAUCUAAAAGGUAAUAUAAAAGGUCGAAUUUCAAUGAACAGCUUCCUUGUUGCAAGUACAUCGAGGGAAAUUGCACUUCUUUCUGCUGGUAAUGGAUCAGGACGUCAAGUAGUAGAAUCAGUUUUCUUUGAAAUUCAUUGUCCAAUAAUGAACUAUUUCACAAAACCAUUUGCUCAUAUCCAACAAUAUAGUUAUUCGAAAACCAAAGACGAAAUUUUGUUUAGUAUUGGAACAGUUUUUCAUCUUGCUUUUGUUGAAACACUAACAGAUCAACUUUGGCAUAAAGCUUUGGAAAUUGGAGAAAAUUGUUUGGAAUUCGAUGACACUGCAAUUCGAUUAGUGUUACCUAAUAUUGUUAAAGUUUUUGAGAUAAAACACGAUUAUGUAACUGCAUUAAAAUAUAUGACGCGAUUUCUUCGUAUUUUACGAAAAGAUCCUACUGUUACUUGGGAUGAUCUAGCAACGGCAUAUUUCAAUAUUGGUUUUAUUAAUUAUUGCAGACAGCAACGAUUUCUUGGCAUCGAUAUUUAA